AUGAACGUAGCUGAUAUUGCUACACGAGACACCUGUGAACUCAGAAUGCUGGAAAAUGAAUGGUUUCACGGUCCCGACUUUUUGCAUAGCAAUGAGGAAACUUGGCCUUCAAAUAAACAGCUGACGAAGCCUAAUCCUUUGGAUCUAGAGUAUACAAUGAUUGUAAAUGUAUCAUCUGAAAACUUACCAGCUGUUCCUGAACCCGAAAGGUUUUCGUCGUGGUUAAGAUUAGUUGGAGCUACCUGUGCUAUACUUAUGUUUAUAAAUAAAUGUAAAAAACUUACCUGCGAGAUUAAUGGAGACCUGAAAGAAAAAGCGGAGCGCUUACUAAUCCAAUAUUCUCAAGCGCAGUCCUUUCCUGAAGACCUGGAGAACCUGAAAAAUAAAAGAAAUUUAGACCGGAAAAGCAGAUUACUUACCUUGACACCAUUUCUCGAUGAACACGGUAUUCUGCGCGUUGACGGACGAAUUGGAGCGGCCCUGGAGGUACUACCGGAGACAAAACAACCCGUAAUCCUCGAUGGAAGUAAUCACGUCACUAAGUUGAUUGUAAAACACUAUCACGUGACGGCCGCACAUGGGAAUCGGGAAACAGUGGUAAACAACCUGAAACAGAAAUACUGGAUUAUUCGAAUUCGGCCAACUGUGAAACAUGUGAGCAGCAAGUGCAUGUUCUGUAGAAUAAAAAAAGCGCAACCGCAACCACCUAGAAUGGGUGACUUACCUCCUGCUCGCAUGGCCCAUCACCAGCGCCCGUUUACGUUCUGUGGCAUUGAUUUGUACGGACCAAUGGAAGUAACAGUAUUGAGACGCCGAGAAAAGCGGUACGGAGUUUUAUUUACGUGUCUUACCAUGCGAGCUGUUCACAUAGAAAUAGUCACGAGGCUCACGGCCGACGCACUAAUAAUGGCUCUGCGAAGGAUGGCGGCGCGUCGUGGUUGGCCUCAGCAGAUUUUCUCGGAUAAUGGCACCAAUUUAAGAGGAGCUGAUAAUGAACUUAAAAAGUGUAUCAGUGAAUUGAAUGACGCCUCAUUAAAAGAUUUAGCCUUGAAAUAUGGCACCACUUGGAAUUUUUUGCCACCAGUCAGCCCCCACUGGGCUGGCGCGUGGGAGCGACUUAUCCGAUCAAUAAAGGCAUCACUUAAGGUGGUAUUAAAAGAACAGGCUCCGCGAGAUGAAGUUUUGAGCACGCUCAUGGCUUACACACGUCACAGUUGA